AUGCCCGCUACGAAGCUGCGUGCCUUAUUUCCCAAGAGUGAACCCCAAGAGUGGCACCUUCAACCAAACUGCCGACUCCUGCAACUUCCCGGUGAGCUGAGGAACCGCAUCUACCACCUAGUCCUCAUCGACGACCAUGAAGAGAACAACCCCAUCCGCUGGGAAGACGACCUAUCUCAUCGGAUCAAGCUGAAAGGGAUGAAGAUGCCAGCGCUCGUAGGUACCUGCCGCCAGGUCCAGCACGAGGCACUCACCUACCUCUUCCGCUUCGGCAAAUUUUCACACAAGUUUACAGUCGAUGACAUGCACGAACUUCACUACCGACUUGGCCGCUCAACCAAGCGGUGGAUGAAACUUACUGGCGCCAACAAAAUGUAUAUCCACGAUUGUAUCAUAGGCUACGGAGCUGAUGGAGUGGGCGGCAAUACCUUCCACUCCCUUGGGGCGCAGUGCGACCUUGUUGAUAAAGACGACCCCUACAGACCGCCCUGGUACAACAAGGUCUACGCUAAGCUUGGGCCGACGUUCCCACCGACCCUAGAGGGCUACACGGUGGAGAGUGUCGCACUGUUUAUGACUGUGUGGGUGUGGGCACCUAGUGGUCGAUUGGCCUACACCCUUAAUCAAAUGGCAGCUUGUGGUGCGAAGUGGGCUGAUGAGAUGCGUAUGAAGGCUCUGGGAGAUCGGUUGCGGCAGAUCCAUGUUGUUGUUUGA